AAAUUUUCCCGCGUCAAAUAACCCACUGCUAUAUAUUUGUCGGUCCAAAACCCUAACCCUAAUCUUUGCCUCUUGUGUUCUUAGUUUCUAGCGGACGGAGCGAACAAGCCAGUCGCCGAACAUCCAGAGAAGGAGAAGUCGCUUAUCAGAUUCGUCAUGGGAAAGGUUCAUGGUUCUUUGGCUCGUGCCGGUAAGGUGAGAGGCCAAACACCAAAGGUUGCUAAACAAGACAAGAAGAAGAAGCCACGAGGACGUGCACACAAACGUAUGCAAUACAACCGCAGAUUCGUCACUGCCGUUGUUGGCUUCGGCAAGAAGAGAGGACCAAACUCGUCCGAGAAGUAAGAGGCUCGAGAAUUCGGCAUAACUGCCAUUUUUUAAUGUUAUCUGGAGAUAUUUUAUACUUCCGCUAGUUAUUUCUUGAUGUUUUUAACUGACAUUUGUCUGGACGAUGAUAGUAUGAUUUCUUUUAGAAGUUUUCUGUUUCGUCACUUGAUGCUUUGCUUAUGUUUUAGUUUUGUUGUUUCAUAAUGAGAUGAGUUUAUCAUUUUAUUUUUCACUAGA